GGCGACGAGGUGUAUGUAGUGUUGCGCCUCACGUCACCUCUCCCCUUCCCUCAGCAUGUUUCGCAAGCAGCUUGUGCAAGCAGCCUUGAAGUCGACAAGACUACCAGCCAACAAAGGACCCGGCAUCCGUCACAUCUCAUCUUCAUAUGUCCGCUUCAACGCAACACCUCUAUCCUCGCAAGUCGACCGCGUAGCCCGAGACGAGCCAUUCGACCGGACCGGAAGCUCAUCAAAAGGCUACCAACAGUCUUCAAAACUUGAUCGCCAAUCGGGCUUCGAACCAAGCGCAGUCAGCAGUCAAAAACCAUCGGUCCGACAUCUCUCAAAGCAUCCAUUGCCUCGAUUCGAAGCUGGAGAUGUCGAUCAUCUAUCCUUGCGAUUUGAGGACGGAUCCUUGAAAAUUGUCGAUGAGCGGGAGGGCCGGUCCACGACGAUACCCGGCCGCUGGUUGAGGGACAAUUGUGCCUGCUCGCAAUGCCGCAACGGCGAUACAGCUCAACGACAAAUCAAUGUUUUCAAGGGAACGCUCGACUGCACUGUCAUAAACUGUGACAUCGCGAAUGGACAGGUUGGAUCAGCUACAGUGACUUUUAGCGAUGGUCAUCAGAGCGAGUUCCCUACGCAGUCACUGCUACGGCGGAGAAGUGACGGCGUCACAAAAGGCCGAUAUGGUCGCACAACAAUCAAACCAUGGACAGCAGAUAUUGCGAGCUCACGACCAUCGGUGCCAUACACAGAAAUGUCCAUCGACGCCGGUAUGGGCACAUUGCUGCACAGAAUACGUACAUACGGCUUCUGCAUAAUCGAGGACCUUCCUGCAACACCCGAAGCAACCGAAUCUCUCCUCGAAUGCAUCGGACCCAUCAGAAACACACACUACGGCGGCUUCUACGACUUCACAUCCGACCUCUCCUCCAAAGACACAGCCUACACCAGCGAAAGCCUCGAACCUCACACAGACAACACCUACUUCACCGAACCCGCCGGCCUGCAAGCCCUCCACAUGCUCUCCCACACCGACGGCUCCGGCGGCGAAAGCUCCCUCGUCGACGGCUUCAACGCCGCUCUCCAGCUCUACAACACAGACCCUGAAGCCUACCUCACCCUCAGCAACACUGGCGUCUACGCUCACGCUAGUGGAAACGAAGGCAUCAGUAUUCAACCUGCUCAAGCCUUCCCUACCCUGUCCCACCAUCCCGAGCAAGGUUACCUAACGCAAGUGCGCUGGAACAACGCCGAUCGAGCGGGUAUCGCAGCGGACUUUGCAGAUGUGGAUAGGUGGUACGAUGCGGCGGCGAAGUUCGAUGCGCUGCUCAAUGAUCCGAAGAAUGUAUACUGGUUCCAGCUGAAGCCUGGGCAAUUACUGCUGUUUGACAAUUGGCGAGUCUUGCAUGGGCGAGCGGCGUUUACGGGGAAGCGGAGGAUGUGUGGCGGGUAUAUCAAUCGGGAUGACUUCAUUUCGAGGUAUCGGGCGACGAAUUUGAGUGAGGGGGAGGUCAGGCUGGCUACGGUUACGGGGUGAUGAUAGACACUGAAUUAUAGCAUCAGAAGGCUGACUGCGGGUCCAAUGUGAUUGCUCA